AUGGAGAUCUAUUGUGACUACUACACCAUUGCAAGUCCCGAACUAAAAAGAAAGCAUAAUCAAAUACCAUACCACUUGCAUCAAUCGUUCUGGAACCAAGCUUCUCCCACCAUACUCUUCGCCGAAGCCCUAUCCUCCGGCUUCCAGCAUAGCAUACUCCCUGCCAUACUCCCAACCCUCUUAAUAUCCUCCUUACUCAAAUCCCGUCUCUUCUACCCAUCAUAA